UCCCCGGAGCAGAAGAGCCGCAGAGGGCCAUGAGAGGUGCGUGACGUAACGCCCGUCACCUGUAUAUAAAGGACCGCGCCGCUUGUCUCCAUCAUAACACACUCCAGUUCUCAACCAUCUCCACCUCCUCCACUAUGAAGCCCUUCCAGGUUGUGAUCGUGGCAGCUGCCGCUGUGGCUCUCGCCGCCGCCGCGCCGCGCCCCGACAGCCCACCUCAUUACGGCCCGCCGCCCCCUCACUACAAGGAGCCAGGGAUGCCCUACGACUUCGCCUAUGCCGUCAAGGACGACUACACCGGCAACGACUUCGGCCAGAACGAAAGCAGUGACGGACACGUGACCAGCGGGUCGUACUACGUGGCGCUGCCCGACGGCCGCGUGCAGAAGGUGUCCUUCACGGCUGACCACGAGGGCGGCUACGUGGCCGACGUCACCUACGAGGGCGAAGCCACCUACCCUGCCCACCCUGCCCCAUCCGCCUACGGGCCUCCCGCCCCCUACGCCUAGAUCGCCCCGCCGCCAGUCAAGCCGCCCCUCCCAACCUGCUAUUUAUUGAGUCCACUUGAGCACUUGCUGCUCCUUUUUAAUAAAGACACCACUCCACA